AUGCACAAGAUGUUACAUCCUAAAGCAGAUAUGGAAAGGCUGUACAUCCCAAGAAAAGAUGGAGGAAGGGGCCUGAUUGAUGUAGAAACGGCAUUCAAAACAGUAACAAUAGCGCUCAAUCAUUAUCUGAGGUACAAAGAGGGCAAUAUCCAAAGCAGGUGCUGGAACAUGAAAGAUCUAAAGCCAAAAAUUCAAUAACCAAGACUGCUACUAAGUUCAAAAGGGAAUUAACAAUGCCAGAGCUAGAGAACAGAGAAGAUAAUUUGGCCUCGGAAAAUGCUAAGGUCCUGAAACACUUAUUCAAGACUCCAACUCCAUUGGAGCAUCUGUUAAGAUCAUGA